AUGCCUUUGGCGGACGAAAUCAAGUGCCUCUGGAAAUUGGACAAAGUAAUAAUUGUGCCAAUUAUUAUUGGAGCAACGGGGGAGAUUCCUGUGAAGUUGUUUGAUAGUCUUAGGAAGAUCAACCUUAGAGAGAAGCUGUAUCAACAAUUGCAGAAAGCAGCUUUGCUAGGGAGCUGCAGGAUUGUGAGGCGAGUUCUGGUAAAAGAAUAUUCCAUGGAGCACGAGUACAAAUUUGUAGUGCCUCAAAGGCUAAACUUUGUUGAGCAACACAAGAAUGUAGAUUUCAUCGGUAUUGAAAGUAAACAUGUUAUCAGUGAGCUUGGCAGUCUUUCGAAAUUCUGCCACAGCGAGAAAAAAAAUGGAUGUCCGUACAAAUGGAUCGAAUCCAGAGAUGCACAGCCGCAGAAAUCCGCAGAAUCCAAGCAAAAAGUAUCAGACUUCAGCAUAGAAAGCAUCUUGAAGUCAACGGAUACAGUUUCAAGUUUGCCAGGGGGCAUGUAUGAUUGGCUUCGAUGCACCAGAUACAAGCCACCUAAACUAAAAAGAACUAGGCGUCAAGACGGAGUGGUAAGGAGAAAACUAGGCAGAAAUCCAAGAAUCCCUUUUUCCAGCGAACAAGUGCUCACGUUGGAGAAUAAGUUUCGAGAAAACGCGUAUCUAAGUUGUGCUGAUGUCGCCGCCCUUUCAUCAGCUCUUCGUCUCUCAGAAAUCAGGAUAAAAAUUUGGUUUCAAAACAGACGGGCGCGGGAACGGCGGGAGAGAGAAGCCGGAACUAAUAAUUCGGCGGGCGCAGAAAAGACCGGAAAUGACGUCUCGAGUCUCCGCAAGUGCCAGCCUUUGGUCACAUCUCCAGAGUCAGCCUUCGUUCCUUGUCGGCCUUUGAAGCUGUCCAGGUCGACAUCGUUAGCUUUGCAAACAACUCAGGGCAGUCUGUACUCUUGA